AUGAGGACUUGGCGCCGGGAGAAAGUGCUGUUGGGAACCGGCACACUCGUAGCAAUGAUGCCCCUCGCCGUCGUGGGUGCCCUUUCCCGCUUCCAAGCGGCCGCCAGCGACUUUUACCAGCAGGCUUUCACCAUGCUUUGGCUCGGUUUCGGGAUAUACUUGGGCCCAUGGCUCGCGGAUGCUUCCAAGAAUUUCGACUUGGGAAUCAUUGUCGAUGGCAUUGGGACGGGCUAG